CACAGCCCCGUCGCUCUGCUCAGCGUAGUAGUGGAUAUCUUCACAGUGAACGGGGGGGGGGGAGCUGAGGCGAGCCAAACAGAGCUGCGUGCUCACUGUGCAACAAGGCGAACAGGAGCAAAAUGGACCGCCGGGCAACAGCAGCAGCAGGAGCAGCAGAAGCAGGAGCAGCAUCCACUGAGGACCGACACAGUUUUUAGGGUCCUGUUGUAUCCUGGUGGACACAUGGACAUGAAGAAAUAGAAGCGUCGGUUAAGGCCCUCCAGCUGACCUUGGGGCUAAGUCCUGGCCGUGGGGCUUUGUUGUUGGUGGGCCAGCUGAACUGGCCUGCAUGUAAGUGAGAGGUAAUGAAGUCCAGUAUGAGGCAGUGGCGGAGGCUGGUGCUGGUGGGAAUGUUGGCCUGGGUUCUCCUCUUCCUUGCCCUCCUCUCUUACUUCCUGGAUGCUCGUGUGGAUGAGCCCCUGACCUCUGCUGGCUCUUUACUCUCCCAGCACCCUGACACCCGUCGCCUGGCCUCCAUACAGGCCUCCCAUCAACAGCAUACUAUCAUGGGCUCUCGACCUGAACUGCCUUUGACAUCAACUACAACCUACCCCAGAGACGAUCCGGAGCCUUCAGCCAGCUCCACGACCCCAGAGUCCAGCCUGGAGGUGAGCCACAGCCCCAACAGUGCUCCCUAUGCCAUCUAUGGUAGCCAGGAAGCUGGCCGCCAGGAUGACCUGGACCCCCAGAGUCUGGCUGCCUGGUCUUCCUUUGGUACAGAAAACGUGGGUUCUCACUCAGACCCUGCAGUCCAGAGUCGAGAGAGAACAUCUCAGACCAUCGACUAUCACAACCAUGUCAGCAACACACACCACCACACUGGCGGGGGGGAAGAAGAAGAUGAGAGGGAAAAUGAAGAUGAAGAACUGGGAAACCAAAUGAGGACUGCUACAGACAGGAGGGCUGGUGGCGACUCCUCUGAUCUAGAGGAAUAUUACUUCUCCAAGUCAGCUUCUGUGGUGCAGCGGCUGUGGCGGGGCCGCGUGUCCGUUGGUAUGCUGAGUCCUCGGCUGCAGCGCGCCAUGAAAGACUACAUGAGUGCCAACAAACACCAUGUUUCCUACAAGGGGCAUCGCAGGGCUGCCCAGAGUGCGAAGGAACUGCUGUGUCAAAUGAAAGCCCAGGCACGGCUGAAGACAGUGGACGGAUCAGAGCAGCCCUUCUCCUCACUUGGCUGGGCUCGUCUUGUGCCAUCCCUCCCUCUGGAGCAACUGUAUAGGCAGCAGAACCAGAGAAGCUUCAGGACCUGUGCAGUGGUCACCUCAGCUGGUGCAAUCCUGCGCUCAGGACUGGGCAAAGAGAUCGACACUCAUGACGCUGUUUUACGGUUCAAUGCUGCACCUACAGAGGGAUACGAGAGAGACGUGGGGAACAAAACCACAAUCCGCAUCAUCAACUCGCAGAUUCUGGCCAAUCCUAAGCAUCGCUUCAACACAAGCUCCAUCUACAAGAAUGUGACUCUGGUGGCCUGGGACCCAGCACCUUACACUGUCAACUUACAGAAGUGGUAUGACAGCCCAGACUACAACCUGUUUCGUCCAUAUGUGGAGCACCGCAAGCUCCAUCCCGACCAGCCAUUCUACAUCCUUCACCCCAGCUACGUGUGGCGACUCUGGGAUGUGAUUCAAGGCAACACUCAGGAGAACAUCCAGCCCAAUCCUCCUUCAUCUGGCUUCAUAGGCAUCCUCCUGAUGAUGGCGCUGUGCGAACAGGUGCAUGUGUAUGAGUACAUUCCCUCCAUGAGGCAGACAGACCUGUGCCACUACCACGAGCGUUAUUAUGAUGCUGCCUGUACACUGGGUGCCUACCAUCCCCUCCUAUAUGAGAAGAGCCUGAUCCAGCGGAUCAACGCAGGCCCAGAGAGUGACCUCAGGAGGAAGGGGAGGGUCACUCUCCCAGGCUUCAGCACCAUCAACUGUGACAUCUGAGAUAUGAAACCUGACCCUCUUGACGUACACACACAUUCUGGCCUUUUCUGGCUGACUAAGGGAGAGGUGCAAUAAAACCACUGGAGACAAGAAGGCUGAAGCUUACAAGUUUCAAAUUAGACCCAUGAAGAACAUAAGCCAUACCCCUCUAGGGAGGGAUCAGUGUGGAGGCUUGUAAAAGGACUUGUCUUCAUCAAGAUAGUUUACUAGACCAGAGACUUCUAGGAAGAGUCUCCAAGAUGGAGCUAAAAAAGAUGUUUCUCUCUGCUUUAGCUGAGCCACGUUAGCUGUGGAGCUAACUAGGGUAGCAACAGAUCAGUGUUUUUAGAUAGACGAGUGAAUUUUCAAUAACUGGGUGUGUUUCAAUGGUGUAAAAUCUGUGUUUUUCAAUAGUAUGGGUGAUUCUCCACUUAGAGGAAAUGCCCCUGUUUAUAACGGGGGAUAUUUGUAAUUUUAUUUUUCUUUUUUACUGGUCCAAAGGGUUGCAAAUGAGCAAGGGAGUCAUCUAUGCUGAAUGUCACAAAUGCACACUUACACUUACACACUCACACACACACACACACACUUUUACAUACAUAAAGCAGCCACACAUGCAGAAAAAAGGCAGAUUAAGUGUCUCCACAGAGACAAAGUCAAGCUGUGUCAUCAGUCAUAUUACUGUACAUGCCAUUGCUCUGUAGCAGGUGUUCCUGUUUGACAUUCCUCUGAUAUCUUCUAAUGAAAUCAGAAGUUGUGUUGCGUGUUGUCAUGAAGGAUUAAUUUUACACUACUGAUGUUAUGCUGAAUGCUAAAUUACUCCCCAGUGCAUGCUAACUCACGAGCACCAGGUUGUAACUUCCUGUUCACAAGUUUCAGAUGAUUCCUCAUUCAUAAAGUUAAAAUAUAUCUCAGUUGAAAGCUCGCAGGAAGGUACGGCUUCUCAUUUUUGGAUUUAGAUUCAUUCUUUUUUUUUUUUUAACUGAGAGUGCAGGUAAAUGGGGCCAAAAUGGAUCUACAGAACAAACAGGUGCUCAAAACAGCUGUAACCCUGUGCCUAGUGGUCGACUGAAAACCUUCCUCGGGUUGCCUUGGCUGUUUGGAUACAUGCAGUACAUACUGUGGCAGGACUGCAGUGUCGUGGAGUUUGGUGUGGAGCAGUUGAUAUUGCUCAAGUGAUUGCUAUCAGGGGAUUCUCAGCUCUGCCUCAGCAAUCACCAGCACCUUGUUUUUGACAUUCGGUUCACUCUUUAUUGAAUGUAAUUUUACCACAGCGUGGAAUGGCCAAACCUUUCCUGGAGCUCACUACUGCAGUAUGGUCUGCGUAUGUGCAGCUCAUUGCAGGGUUAUUUCUUUGUCACGUAACCGCAUGAAGCUCAUUUCCUACAACUAUAAAUGUCUCAUAUUUUCUGAAUCCUCUAAUAUUGGUCUGUAUCCGUCCACAGCUCAGAGUGGAGAUGAUUAUAAAAGAGGAAUUUGAACCAGCAGUAUCAUCAGAUUUGCUUUGUUUCCAGCUAGGAUGAGUUUUAUGUUUACAAUGAGUCAGUGCCACAUCUGCAGCAAGCUUUUGAAGGUAUUAGUUCAAUGUGGAAAAGAGGGCUUGUGGUGUUUUUUGCUGUAGACAUGCAGUCAAAAGAAUCUUGCCUAUAAUAGAGAUUUUUAUUACUAGGUGUGUUAUUUUACAAAAUGUGCUUGUGCCAUUGGUUGUGGUUCGGUAUAAGAUGUGAAAACCUGUCACAGAAAUGUUACUUUGAUUAGUCUUAGAGUGUUGAAGAAGAUGGCUCUAUAGUAGUAGCAGUGGUUGUAGUAGUAGUAGUGGUAUGUAGAUGAUUCUGGGGUUGGUAUUAGUAUUAUAUCCAAAAUCUGUCCGUCUAAGUACAAACACACACUGUGCUGAUACUGAAACAAUACAUUCUUGAACAAACUAAACAAACUGUUCUAUAAAUCAGGCCAUACCUGACGAAACAAAAGAAAAAAGCAUUUGGACAAAUAUUUGGUGCCAGCUUGUAACAUUUCACAGUCGGGGUGGUAUUUUAUACUGCGACAUGAUAUGCUGCCUAUUGUGAUCUAGUAAAUGUUGUGGAAUUUCAAAUGAGUAACUGUGUAUAGAUGAAAUAAGAAGACUAAUGACUAAUUCAGUGAAUUACAUACGUGACAAAAGUACUUCAUCACAUUGAUGCAAAAUUCUGCAAAUCCAGCAUUGUAAAGAACACAGUUCUCCUCAUUGAUUUGCAGCAUCUCCCAGAAAUGGUACAAAAAUACGUUGUUUCUAACAGUUUACAACUUGUCUCGUAUGUGUACACACACACACACACACACACACAAACUGUAAUAUAUAUAUAUUACAGUUUCUGAUACCCAGUGCUUUGGACACAUUUUGUUGAGAGUGCAAAAAGUACCAAGGUUUGGUACCCAGCCCCAGUUUCAUUUACCAUAUUAAAUGGCAUGUCAUUAGAAGAUUCUUGGAACAAGGACUGCAGUAAAGUCAGCAACUGUUAAACGACUGUAACAGAGGUUUAAAAAACAGAAUGAAGAAACGGUUUUUGAAACUUGAGGAGAUUUCAGCAUUUCAUUAAAAAUCAUGCAGGUUUUCAACUCUGCUGUAGGCUUUACGUUUCUCUGUUGAGAUAAAUAAUCAGAUGUUUUCGUGCUUUUGAUUGUAACACACAGGUGCAGAAACCCUGAACAUAUUGUACAUGUAUAUUUCUAAAGACUUUGAUCACUUUCCAAUGCACAGAGCAUGCAAGUCAAGAUCAGGGCUAAGAGUCUGUCUGUGCUGUACUGUGCUGCAAGUAGACACCAUUGUCAUUAAUGUUGUGAGGGGCAAGUGUACUAUAACAUUUUUAUUUUCUUAAGUGGUGUUUUACAGAUUUUAAUGCAUGCUUGUGGAUAGGGGAAUCACAGCAGGUAUCACUAGUUCCCAGGAAGUGCAUUGCCUUCAUCUUUGCAUUUUAAUAUUGUGCCAAAUCCCAUUUUUAAUUAUGGUUGAGCUGGGCAAGUUAAACUUGGGAUGAGGAAUGGAGUAAUAGCAGGACUUAGGUGCUGUUGCUUCUCUCUGGGAUGCUUAAGAAGGAAUUUGAUUGAAUUUUUUGUCGUCUUCAGUGCAACCGUUUUAAUGCCAGUAUAAAAUACAGGACAUUGUAGUGAAACUUGACAUUAAAUUUAAUGUUUGACCAGCUGUAAAGCAGUGAGAUGAGAAAACAUGUUCUGAGAUACUGUUUAGUAUGUUUUGCCCUCUCAGCUUCUUUCUCUCUGCUCUUUACUCUUGAGAACUAUUUUUCAUGUCUUGUCUUAAUCUGGUAAAGAUGGGAAUUGCUGCACCACACUGCCUCUGAUGAUUUGUUCAACAAUUUUUUUUUUAAUUACCCCGCCCCCGGCUCCCACCCCGCAGCUUCUUGCAGUGUUCCCUGAAAUGAGGAAGAGAAAAAGAAGCAUCCGUAACUGAACAUAGUAAGAGUGAAGGUUGUAUUUCACUCCUAACAGCCUUAGGGUGUUCUUCUUGACUUUGAUUUGUCAGUGAAUUCUCUUCUUAUUACACUUGAAUUAAUAUUUAAAUAGACCAUUUGUAUGAUUUCAGCUGUUGUAAGUUGUCCUUUUUUACUGUGUAAAUAAAGCUGUUGUUCAUGUCAAAUUGUCUUAGAUUUUCACUUUGAGCUGGGGCACCACAAAAAAAAAAAAACUCACCCGGUGCUGACUUACCUGUUUAUUCA